CUGACCGGCUAUUGACAGUGAUUGUCCUACUAAUCUAUCUGAUGGCCUGGACUUUCACUCUAUCAGUACCAGGGAGCCCUGGGAGAGUCCUGACCCCUUGAAGCCUUCCUUCGCCUGAUGACUCCACUGUGAGCCGGAGACCAGGCCCAAACCCGAGAUGAGCAGCCGAGCUACUAGGCCCCGCAGUCGGAGGGGGAGAGCGCCGCCCCCAGGGGAGCUGGACCCUGUGGUGGAGAGCACGGAGGAGGCAGAAGCGGCGGGAAGCAGUGCUGGGCCAGAGGUCCCCAGGCUGCCCCCGGAGGAGUCACGCGCAGAGCACCCGGUCACCCCUGCAGAGCCGAGCGACCAAGGAGCCCGUCCACAGCUGGAGGGACACAGGGAUGGGCAGAUUUCCUCAGAGCCCAGCAGCCAUCUGACUUCUGGAAAGCUGCCCCGCUCACCCCCUUCUCAGUUCCACCAGCCUUCAGGAAAGGAUGCUCAGGAAGGCCCCAACCUGUACCUGGCCCUGCAGCAGGCGGUUGAGUCCUUGGAGAAGGCGGCAGCCUCUUGUCGCCAACAAGCCUCCAGCCUCCCUGCCUCAACCCCGCUAGGCCCAGAAGAGCCUGGCAAGGCUGAUGAGGAGAAAUCAUGGCCGCUGCAAAGGCUGGAGGAGCUGGUCAGGAGCUGGGGCCCUGUCAGCCAAGAGGAGGGGAUCCCUGAGCAGGAGAGGGUCGGCUACAAACAGGAGGCCCUGAGCCUGGCUGAGCAGAACGCCGGCCUCCGGGGCUCUCUGAAAAGCAAGGAAGAGGAGUUGGCCCAGGAUCAGGCCUCCUUACAGGCCCUCCAGGAUGAAAAGGAGAAGCUCCAGAGAGAGGUCUGGGAGCUUCACGAAUCUCUCCUGAAGCUGGACUUGUCUCCUCCGCCCCCCCUCAGCCAGGACAGCUCCAUGAGCAGGUCCAGCAGCCCAGGGCCAGAUGGGGAGCUCUGGAGGGCCCAGCAGCUGCAAAAUAUCGCCAGUCCUGGGACCCCAGCACCCCUCACACCAGAGCUGCAGGACCUGGAUGCCCAAAUGGAGCAGCUCCGGAGGACUAUCCAGAGGCUCAAAUGCUUCAACCAGACGAUGCUGGGGGCCCUGCAGUCCUGCAAGGGCCACUCGGAGGGGCUGAGCAUGCAGCUGGGACAGAGGGAGGCCGAGGCUACUGCCCUGCGCCUAGCCCUGCAGUACAGUGAUCAGUGCGUGGAGGCCUAUGGGGUGCUGCUGGACCUGCGGACAGUGGACACGAGGCCUGGGCCAGGCCCACGGACCAGAGAAGGCAGGACAGAGUCAGCCAUGGCAGAGGCGCAGCGGCUUUUGUCUGAGGAGGAUCCUGCGGAGGCUGGCAUCCUGGCUCGUGUCUACGCAAGCCCUGAGGGCAGCAGUGUAGAUGCACCCACAGAACUGGAGGUAGCAGCACUCCUGCAGGGUUAUAUUGGGAGGCUCCGGGCCCACCAGGCCCUGGUGAAGGUGCCCCCCGAGCCAGCCCCCAGACCAGGCCACGGGCCCAGUAUGCUUCGGGAGGAAGCCGUCUUCCAGGCGAUGCUGGGGACUCAGCCUAACCUGGAGCUGCCGCGGCUGGAAAAGACGGAGAUCCAGCAAGAGCUGGCCGCCAUGAGGGAGGCCCUGGCAGACCUGACACUGAAGCUGCAGCUGGUGAAGAAGGAGAAGCGGGCACUGGAGCUAAGAGAUGCGGCCCACCGGGCACAGGGCACUCUCUACCUCCUGCUCCUGGAGCAGCUUCGGUGGCAGCUGGGCCAAGGCAGACCUCCCGAUGCCCACCGCUCAGAGAGCAGUGACAGUGACAGUGACAGCAGCUCUGGAGCGUGGGCUCCUGGAGAGGGGGACCAGACAACCUGGCUAGGGGGACCACGGGACUCAGAGGACAUGCUGCAGGAACUUACCAAUUCCCUGACUCGGGCCCAAGAGCUACAAGGACAGCUGGGGAAGCUACAAGCGUCACUGGAACAGAUGGCUCAGGACGAGCGGACCCAGAGAGCCCAGUGUUUGGAGCUUACCAAUGACUUCUGCAAGGCCCAUAGUGCCCUGGUGCUGGCCUUCCGGGGAGCCCAGCGGAAGCAGGAGCAGCAGCAGCAGACCCUGGAGCAGCAGAUAGCACAGAUGGCAGCCCAGCAGGAGGAAGAGCUGGAAUCCCUGACCCAAGCCGCCCAGGCUCUGGAGGACUCUGGAAUCCUCCUGCCCUGGGGAGAGACUUCUCUGUAGAGAUUCCAGUUCCUUUCUCCCCCCACACCCCCAUCCUGAACCCCCUGUUCUAAUCACCAGCACACCUAGCUGUGCCCGCCCCCACCCACUAUCCUAGCCAGGGCUCUCUCCACCCAAGCCUGAAACCCCUUUGGGGAGAAGAGGUUGGGGGAUGUUGAGGGGAUGGGCCCCACAAGGUCCUAUAAUUGAGAACUAGAAAGGACCCGUGAGCCUUUUUCUUACAGGCCCUGUCUUUUUGGACUAGGGUCCAUCUAAACAUGACACUCCCUGUGUCUGCUGCCGCUCCAGGACAGGUCUGUGGAUCAUCUGUGGAGCCGCAGGAUGGCAGAGCCAGCCAGGGCCUGCCCUAUCCAUCUCUGUCAAGGCCGCACCUGCCCACCUGGCCUCCUUUCGGACUCUUUCCUCCUUCCUCAAGCUCCUUCUCUGGACUUGGGCCUAGGCCCCCCUCUGCCAGAAUCUGGUAUUGGACUAGCAUACACCAAUGUCCACCUGGAGAGGAAUGGCCUUCUAUUCUCUGGUCACCUGGGGCUUUCCACUGUUUUGGAGAGGGUUUGCUCAGACUCCGCUCUGCCCCCUCCCUGCCCACCUGGCCUCCUUUCGGACUCUUUCCUCCUUUCUCAAGCUCCCCUUCUCUGGACUUGGGCCUAGAACCCCUCUGCCAAAAUCUGGUAUUGGACUGACAUAUACUAAUAUCCAACUAGAGAGAACUGGCCUUCUAUUCCCUGGUCACCUGGAGCUCUCCACUGUUUUGGAGAGGGUUUGCGCAGACUCAGUUCUGCCCCCUCCCUGCCCACCAGCUGGUGUUCCAUCAAAUGAGGGCACCACUCAGGCCCUUGGAGCAGAUGGGAGAGGAGGAGGGUCGUGAGCUCAUUGAGCAGACCCAGAAAGGACAGAGCAUCUUAAAGGGCCAAAGAAAACUUAGGAAGAGAAGGAAGACAGAACCCACUGUCUUCUGGAACAAGAAAAAGUAUGGGCCCUUUUCAUUCCCUCCUCCUAACCACCAAAAGAAACCAUCAACCCAGCUCUCCUUGAGAACUUUCUCUACAAAAGACUGUCUCCUGCUUCUUCAAUUGCUUCAGGCCCAGUCUUCUCCUGCUAGCCAUCCUUCUAUUCCUUGACUCUUCUUUAGAGCUAUUGAUCCUGUUUUUCCCUUGAGGGCCCCCCAGACUCCCUCAUUUGCCUCCUAAAUUCACAGGCUCUGUCUGGCUAAGCUAUGGGUUAUCUUCCCAGAGUCCCUGAUGGGUGGGACAGCUCCAGUGAAGCUGUUAUUUAUGUCUUUGAAUAAAUCAUCUCUCUCUAAUCAGCCUCAGCUUGGACCAGUCCUCAGAGAAGACUGAGGGGGUUCCAAAGCAGGAAGCUGUACUGGAUCUCGAGUCCCUGAUGGGUGGGACAGCUCUGAUGAGACUAUGUUAUUUAGUAUCUCCGUACUGGAUCUCCAGGUCAUUUCAGGCAGGCAGUAGGCUUCUGUAGGAUGUCUGUCAUUUCUCCCACAAACAGGAGUGACUGGAAUACGCAGAAUACUGUGCCUAGGCACUGGGAGAGAGACAAAAUAUAGAUGAGGAAGUUUCUGUCAGAAAAAAAAAAAAAGAUAAACACAGAUAUAUUCUCUAUAACCUUUUUUUCUUGAGAUAAUUGGGGUUAAACGACUUGCCCAGGGUCACACAGCCAGGAAGUGUUAAGUGAGGCCAGAUUUGAAGUCAGAUCCUCCUGAUUUCAGGGCUGGUGCUCUAUUCACUGUGCCAUCUCUCUACCCCUGUUCUCUACAAUCUUGAAGAAAACUGAAAACUUGCCUUGCUGUACUAAUUUUGAGAUCUACAUGGGACAAUCAUAGGAAGAUAUCCUUAAAGUAACUGAAGAUAAGGAUCAGGGUAGUGUUAUGAGAGCUUGUGCUUAGAACCAAGGUCUGUCUGGACCAAAGAUGUGACAGUGGGAGCCUCUAGCAAUUAGUGUGAGAUCCAAGAGGAAUCUCACUAGCUGUGUGACACUGGACAAGUCACUUAACUUCAAUUGCCUCAAAAAAAAUUUUUUUUAAAGUAUAUUAGAGUGAAUUUUUGUCCGCCUGCAUUUUUGAUUUCCUUCACAGACUAAUAGUACACUAUUUCAAAGUCCAAUUCUUCUUGUGCAGCAAAAUAACUGUAUGGACAUGUAUACAUAUAUUGUAUUUAACAUAUACUUUAACAAAUUUAACAUGUAUGGGUCAACCUGCCAUCUGGGGAGAGAGUGGGGGGAAGGAGGAGAAAAGUUGGAACAAAAGGUUUUGCAAUUGUCAAUGCUGAAAAAUUACCCAUGCAUAUGACUUGUAAAUAAAAAGCUAUAGUAAAAAAUUUUUUUAAUUUUAAAAAGUAUAUUAGAGUGAGAUCCAAGGGGGAGUCCUUAUAAGAGAUGGCAUGGGCAGCUAGGUGAUACAGUGGAGAGAAUCCUGACCAGGGCUCAGUCAGGAGUCAAGAGGAUCUGAGUUCAAAUUUAGAUUCAGGCACUUAGUCCAGAUUAAUACUACUAAACUAUCUCCAUCUUCAAGUGGAAAUAGCUCAAGGAUGUUAGCAAGUCAAGCAAUCCUAUGGUCCAGAUGAUUCACAUCAAUAGAUUGAGAUCUAGGUUUCUGUGCAAAGGCAUAAGGGUGGGGGAUGGAUUAUAACCUUUAAGAAACAAAAACUAAGGCUUUAAAUGGCAAAUAGGGUAAUUCAUAUUUUAUCCUAAAGGCAAUGGGCAGCCAUGGAAACUUCUUGAGCCAGGAAGUGACAUGGUCAUAUUUGCAUUUCAGGAAUAUCAAUUUGGCAAUUGUUUGGAGGCUGGAUUGAGUGCAGGGAAACCAAAUGGCAAUGUAUUGCAACUGUCCAGGAAAGAAACAGUGAGAGCCUAACCAGGUUUUUGUGUGAAUAGAUUCAAGAAAUGUUGAGGAAGAAAUCAGUCAACAAGCAUCUAUUUAGUGCUUACUCUGUUCCAGGCACUAUGCUGGGGACACAAAGAAAAAUUAAAUACAUAGUCUCUGUUCUUAAGAAGCUCACAUUUUAACGGGGAAAGCAGUAAACAACUGUGUACGGACAAGAUACGUGGAAGUGGAAAGGCAUCUCAGAGAGCAGACACUGGCAGGGGUGAGGGUGGAAGGGACUGGGUGAUGAGCAACUAUGAAAGGCUUUAACAAAAUAGGGAUUUGAAUUGAGUCAUAAAAAAAAGCAGAAGGGAGAAUAUGGCAGGUGUGGGCAUAACAAGUGGAAAAACACAGGAAGGAGUCCUAGAGACCUGGUGCUGCUGGAUCCUGAAGUGCAUAGAAAGUGUAGAAAGACUGGGCAGACAGGAAGGAGAAAGAUUGUGAAGGGCUUUGACACUACAUAAUGUGUUUUAUCUUGGAUCCUGGAGGUAUUAAGGAGCCACUGAAGAUUGUUGAGGAGGAGAGUGACCAUCAGAUCUGCAUUUUAUGAGGGUCACUUUGACAGCUGAGUGGGGUUUAUUUCAGAGAUGGAAGGGAUUGGAGGCAGGGAGGCCAAACAGAAGCCUCUUUGCAAUAGAUUAGGUGUAGGGUAAUGAGAGAGACCAGUACAGUGGCUGUGAGUGGAAAAAAGGGGAGGUAUUUGAAGGAUGUGAAGCAGAAAUCUGAGACAAGACAACAAAGUUGGAUAAACAGAGCGAUUGUAAGAGAGGAGUUGAGAAGGAUGGGGAGGUUUUAAGUCCGGGUGACUGGGAGAAGGCUGGUCUCCUCCAUGGUAAUAAAGAUAGAUCAGAGAGAAAGUCAAUUUAGUUGAAUUGGCAGUAUGAGGGGAGAGAGAUCGAAAAGGUAGAUUGUGUAGGGCUUUUAAGCCUUAAUGAAGGAGUUUAUCAUUGAUCCUAAAAGCAAAAGAAAUUCACUGGAGUUGAUUGAGUAGGAGAGUCACAUGGUCAGCUAUGAGCUUCAGGAAUAUCUCUCUGGCAGAGGUGCGUAGGAUGGGCGGGAAAAGAGAGGGAGACCACGUAUGAGACUUGUUGCCAUUCUUUUGGGCUUUUCUUGGUGAAGGUCCUGGAGUGGUUUGCCCGUUCCUUCUCCUGUUCAUUUUACGGAUGAGGAAACUAAGGCAAACAGGUGAAGUGACUUGCCCAGGCUCACUCACCUAAUAAGUAUCUGAGGUCAAAUUUGAAGAUAUACUCCUGACCUUCAGGCAUUCUAUCCAAUAUGGUGCAAUCUAGCCGCCCUCUUGUAGAGGUAGAAAUGACAAGAUCCAACAACUCAUAGAAUGUGCUGGUGAGGGAGAAUGAGGAUUCCAGGAUAUUGUCAUUAUUAUGAAACCUGGAGCCUGGAAAAAUGGUGGAGCCUCUGGCAGAAAUAGGGAAGUCAAUACAAAGUGUAACCAGUUGUGAGUGUAUAACACUCUCCUCGUUGGGGAAGAGCACUACUCCAGGGAAUAAAGGUUGUAACCGGGAAAGUAGAAAUUGAGCUUCCUACUUCCAGAGAGAGGACCCGACUUCCCAGCAAUCCUUUCCACCAAGGCGGAAAGUCUUAUAGAAAUGCACUAGGCUUGAAUCUUGGAUUACAAAAGUCAUUUCUGGGACAUGGGAGAGAAAGCGAUAAAAAUUAGGGAAAUGGAAAAGACAAUCUCACAGAUUGUCACAGGGAGAUGGAAUCAAAGGCAGUUAGGGAUUGCAAGAGGCAAAGGUCAGGUGAAGGAGCAUUCCAAGCAUGAGGAGACAGCUGUACAUUGUGUACAGGGAAUAGCAAAUAGACCGGUUUGUCUGGAAUGGAGAGACAGAGAGAGUAAGGUGAAAGCAGGCUAAAAGAAUAGUCACUGUGAAUGACUUUAAAUUCUAAAUGGAAGAGGUUGCGUUUGGAGUGGGGGACUGAUUGAGUUUAAUUGAUUUCUCCAAGAUCAUACAGUUAGUAGGCAUGUGAGCCUGGAUUGGAACUCAAGUCCUGACAUAAUGGCUUGUGUUCUCCCUGUGCUCCCACUCCUACUUGUUCCAAUUUGUUCCAAUUUUCCCCCCUUCCCCCAUUCCCUCUCCUAGAUGGUAUAUAAUCCAAUAAUAUAGUUUUUUCUUAGAGAAAAUAGGGAGCCACUGAAAACUCUUGCCAUGCUAUACUGAUUUUUAAAUCUAUAUGGGCAUAGAAAGAUAUCCUUAAGGUAGCUAAAGAUAGAGUUCAGGGUAGUAUUAUGAAAGCUUGAGCUUAGAACCAAAGUCUGUCUGGUCCAAAGAUGUGACUGUAGGAGUCCCUGCAAAGAGGUGGUAAUUGAAAUGAAAUUGACCCAGAAGAGAAGGACUUAGGGCACAGGAUGGACACCCACAUUAAGGAAUUGGGAAGAGGUUCAUGGGAUGAUAGGAUUCAAAGCUGGGGGUCUUAGAGUUCAAAAAACCAGAAAAGGAGAAAUGAGUAGUCACUGAGAAUAGAAGGUAAUGUCAAAGGUUUUGGGGGAUUAGGGGUUCUUAAGAAGGAUGAAGAUGAAGAAAAGAUCAUUGGAUUUGAUGAUUAGCAAGUCAUGGGCAGUGGGAGUAGAAAACUAACUAGGAUGGAGGAGAGACUAGACACUGAGAGGAGGGUAGAAAUGAAGCUAUUGGGGACAGAAGGGAAGCAAGAAGGAAAUAGCAUUUAUUAGUGUGCUAGACUCUAUGCCAAGCACUUAACAAAUAUUAUCUCACUCAAUCUCUGAUCCUUCGAUAACAUAGCUAACUUUUUCUUUAAAAAAAAAAUUGUAGUAAGCUUGAUUUAACCAAGCAUAGUACAAUAGAGAGGACAAGAGUCAGAUUCAAAUACCAAUGUUGACAAUUCUUUUCUGUGUGAGCUGGGUAAAGUCAUUUAUCUUGAGCCUCAGUUUCCUCAUCUAGAAAAAUAAGAGAGUUGGAUUAGAGUCUGAGAUCUCUGUCAAUUCUAGGUUUAUGAUUCUAUAAUCAAUAAAUUCAGUUAGAUUUACUUUGCAAUGAUUUGCAUUUCAGUAAAUGAAUGGUGUAUAAAAUACCAUAAUUUUUCAAUCACUCCUUAGUUUUCCAUCAAAUGACCAAUACAGUCAUUUCUUGUGGUAUAUUAAGAAUUUGAGAGUAGGAAGAAAUCUCAUGGCCAUUAAGUAUAACUCAUACAUAAAAGGAAUCCUAUAAAUACAUGUCUGUUCAGGAAGCCUUGGGUUCAAAUUCUGCCUCUGCUAGCUGGGCAAAUCAUUUAACCUCUCUAUCUGUUUCCUCAUUUGUAAAGUGGGAAUAAUUAUAGCAACUAACUGCGAAGGUUGUUUUGAAGAUUAAAGACAAAAAUAUUUGUAAAGAC